AUGUCCCCUUCUGUCAAGACAAGGAUCCUCAUUCUGUCAGAUACUCAUGGAUUACGUUUCGAGGGGGACAGGAAACCACUCCUCCCAGUCGACCUUGUCAUCCAUUGCGGUGACCUCACGGAAGAUUCUAAACUGAAAAGCUUCCGAGAAACCAUUCAACUUCUCAAGGCAAUCGAUGCCCCUACCAAGAUUGUCAUUGCAGGAAAUCAUGACUUCUCUCUUGACGAUGGGGUCUUCAAGGAUAAGAUUGCAGAAGCAAGCAGAGUAGCACAAGGGGACCUUACGCAAAGCAUCAAGGAUGAGUACGGAGACUACGGCGAGGCCAAGAGGCUCUUCACCGAAGCAGACCAUAGUAUCAUAUUCCUCGACGAAGGAACGCAUGAGAUUCACCUCCAGAAUGACGCAUUGAUAAAGGUUUAUGCCAGUCCAUAUACUCCUGCAACAGCCGGCAGCACAAAUUGGGGCUAUCAGUACAAUGGGGCCCACGAAUUUGCUAUUCCAAAGGGUAUCGACAUUGUGGUGACACAUGGCCCGCCGCAUGGCAUAAUGGAUAUGACACCAGAAAGGCAACGCAUUGGUUGCCCUCAGCUAUUCUCUGCCAUUGCAAAAGCACAGCCCCGAAUCCACUGUUUCGGACAUGUCCACGGCAGUUGGGGUGCAAAGAUCGUUUCUUGGCGACCCGAGAUCUCGGAAAAUCCAUCCCAUUUCAGCGACAUCGAUAAUGCAAAGUCGAGAAUUGUCGAGAGUCUACCACGCUUACAAGGAACCCAGUGGGAGUCCCCGGAAGACAGCAAAGCUCGGGAAGAAAGGCUACAGCGAUAUGAGUCUCAGAGAUGUUGUGUCGCCAGUUACUGCCAGAGCGACGAAGAGCGACUGGCUUCAGAAGAGACCAUAUUUGUCAAUGCGGCACUUAUUGGAAGCAAGGGACUCACGCAAUAUCCGUGGCUUAUAGAAAUUGAUCUCGAUCCUAAAUCAUAA